UCGCGCUUAGAUUCAAUCGCAUCGUUACCAAUUGAUAAUGACAGAUCUCAAACUAUGUUUAUGUUCAUUCUUUUAUCAAUAAUUUUAGUUUUUUCGCGCCUUCAUAUUGUCGGCGAUAAAUCCUAUUGGAUCUCCUCACAACCGCCUGCGUCAACUAUGAUUGUCAAAAGUAUUCACGGUCAUACUUUAUACAUAGAAUCCGCUUUUUACGGAAAUUUAGUGCAGCCGGUCCGACGUCGUCUUCUCGAGAAUCCACGCGGGAUCAAACAGGCGUACAACGACUAUAAUGCCAUUCGAAAAACGCGUUAUCAACCUCGAAAUAAACUAGACGAAAACAAAUUUUAUCGCUCAGUUGUGGAGAAUGAUGAGGAUAGGGAUGAAAAUGACGAGGAAGAAGAAGAAGAGAACAAUAGAGAGAUCGACGACAAGAACAUCGAUGAAGAAACCGCAGAGGAUGAAGCUGGAAAUGAAGAAGAAAUGGUUGUCGUCGCUAGUAAUGGAUUGAAGAAUCGCGUGAGAUCUGGCUUGUAUAUGCCGUUCAGAGGUAAGACCACCGAUAAAUACGAGAGACAGGAAGUAGUAAGGAUAAGAUCGGUCACAGAGGAAUGUGAGGACGAAUCGACAGAUCUGUCGCAAUAUUACGAAUACGAAACCGAAGUGAGAAACAAUGCUUCUCAAGAUAGUGAAGAACAUCGAGAAAUGCUCUUUGCUACAAUACUUGGCGCAAAUAUUCUGACUUUCUUACUUAUCUAACAAUCUGAAAUAUAUGAGAAAAAUGUGCAAAAAAUCUUCUAAUA